AUGUCCAUCGAUAAACUCCAGCAACGUUACGAGGAGGCCGGACAGGCCCACCUUUUCAAAUUCUGGUCGAAGUUGACCGAACAGGAACGCAGCCAACUCCAAGCCCAGCUCCAGGCACUCGACAUCGAACGCGUCAAUCGAGUCUUCAAGAAAGCCGUCGCCGCCGAAGCUGAAAUCACUGAUCCCAGCGUGCAAGCACAAUCCAUUGGCCCUCUGCCAAAGGAGGCUUCCGAAUCUGUCACCAAUGCAGAGAAGGCGAGAGAGUGGCGCAAGAUCGGUUUGGACGCCAUCUCCCGCAAUGAGGUCGGCGUGCUCCUCAUGGCCGGAGGGCAGGGAACGCGAUUGGGAAGCAGCGCCCCUAAAGGGUGCUACGAUAUCGGCUUGCCAUCGCACAAGUCACUAUUCCAGUACCAGGCCGAGCGUCUUGCACGCCUCCAGGAGGUUGCCGCACAAGAAAGGGGCAAGCCGACUGGCAGUGUGGUCAUCCCGUGGUACAUUAUGACCAGUGGCCCAACACGCCCAGACACUGAAGAAUUCUUCAAGAAGAACAACUACUUUGGAUUGGAUCCCAAGAAUGUCAUCUUCUUUGAGCAAGGGACCCUUCCUUGCCUGACGAUGGAAGGCAAAGUGAUCCUUGAGACCCCAUCUCGUGUGGCCGUAGCCCCUGAUGGUAACGGUGGUCUAUACGCCGCUACCCGCUCACCACUCUCAUCUCAGGACCCUAAUCGCACCGUCCUCUCCGACCUGUCCGAUCGCAAGAUCCUCUACGUUCACGCUUACUGUGUCGACAACUGUCUCGUUCGAGUAGCAGACCCUGUCUUCCUCGGUUACAGCAUCGCCAAACAAGCCGAAUGCGCCGCCAAAGUUGUACCCAAGACCUCACCAGCCGAAUCCGUGGGCGUCGUUGCCUUGCGCGGAGGCAAGUUCAGCGUUGUGGAAUACUCGGAAAUCUCAAAGGAACAGGCCGAGAGGCGAGACCCUGAAACCGGUGAGCUUGCUUUCCGUGCCGGCAACAUUGCCAACCACUUCUACACCACUGCCUUCUUGAAGCGAGUGCAAGAGUUCGAGGACGAGCUCGCCUUCCACAUCGCGCGCAAGAAGAUUCCCCACACCAAUUUGGAGACCGGCGAGUUCAUCAAACCAAGCAAGCCUAACGGCAUGAAGCUGGAACUCUUCGUCUUCGACGUCUUCCCGUUCACUGAACGGUUCUCUGUUUUGGAGGUUGACAGACACGAGGAAUUCAGCCCUCUCAAGAACGCUCCUGGUACUGGCUCGGACGAUCCAGAGACCAGUCGACGUGACCUCUUGGCUCAACACAAGCGCUUCUUGGAGAGCGCCGGUGCGAAGGUGGCAGAUGGUGUCGAGAUCGAAAUCUCCCCUCUUGUCAGCUAUGCGGGUGAAGGUCUCGAAUCCGUCAAGGGCAAGACCUUUACUAAAUCCGGAGCUGUCGAGAGCGUCGAGCAGCUGGACGCAUUGGUUUAA